CCGCGGCGGCGGUGCUACCGCAGCGGGGCAGCGGCGGCUCAGAGAGCUGGAACCGCGACAGCCUUCAGCUCGCCCAGGACCCGCCAACAGCCGGAGAGACCGACCGAAGGACGCGGGGCCGGGUCGCCGCCGCCACCACGGGGCGCUCCCUCCAGCGUGCCGAGUCCGGCCACCUGGUCUUCACCUCGGCUCCGGCCGCCUCAGGCUCAACAAAAUGAAACCAGGAGGCUUUUGGCUGCAUCUCACACUGCUUGGAGCCUCCCUGCCUGCCGCUCUGGGAUGGUUGGACCCAGGAACCAGCAGAGUCCUGAACGUGGGCGUGGGGGAAUCUCCGGCAGAGGAAUCCAGAAGCUUUGAAGUCACAAGAAGAGAAGGACUUUCCGGCCACGACGCGCUGCCGGCCUCCUGCGGGAAGAAGCUCUGCGGCCGUGGGAGCAGGUGCACGCUCAGCAGGGAGACCGGGGAGCCUGAGUGCCGGUGCCUAGAGGCCUGCAGGCCCAGCUACAUGCCUGUCUGCGGCUCCGACGGGCGGGUUUACGAAAACCACUGUGAGCUCCACCGAGCUGCCUGCCUGCUGGGAAAGAAGAUCAGCAUUGCCCACAGCAAGGACUGCUUCCUUAAAGGUGACCCAUGCACCGUGGCCAACUAUGCCCGCCUGAAGAAGGUCCUUCUGGCACUGCAGACCCGCCUGCAGCCGCUCCAUGAAGGGGGCAGCAGACAAGACCCUGCCUCCCAGAAGCGCCUCCUGGUGGAAUCUCUGUUUAAGGACUUGGAUGCAGAUGGGGACGGCCAUCUCAGCAGCUCUGAACUGGCCCAGCACGUGUUGGAGGGGCAGGACCUGGAGGAGGACUUCCUGGGGUGCUCGCCAGGCGACCUCCUGCAAUUUGAUGACUACAACAGAGACGGCUCCCUGACCCUCCACGAGUUCUACACAGCCUUCCAGGUGGUUCAGCUCAGCCUCGCCCCCGAGGAGAGGGUCAGUGUGGCCACAGUGACCGUGGGGCUGAGCACAGUGCUGACCUGCGCCAUCCGCGGAGACCUACGGCCACCCAUCGUCUGGAAGCGCAACGGGCUAGCCCUGAACUUCCUGGAUUCGGAAGACAUCAAUGACUUUGGAGAGGACGACUCCCUCUACAUCACCAAGGUGACCACCAUCCACAUGGGCAAUUAUACCUGUCACGCCUCUGGCUACGAGCAGCUGUUCCAGACCCACGUCCUGCAGGUGAAUGUGCCACCAGUCAUCCGCGUCUAUCCAGAGACCCAAGCACAGGAGCCUGGGGUGGCGGCCAGCCUGAGAUGUCACGCAGAGGGCAUUCCUAUGCCCAGAAUCUCUUGGCUGAAAAAUGGCAUGGAUGUCUCAACCCAGAUGUCAAAACAGCUCUCCCUUUUAGCCAACGGGAGCGAACUCCACAUCGGCAGUGUUCGGUAUGAAGACACAGGGGCGUACACCUGCAUCGCCAAAAAUGAAGUGGGCGUGGAUGAAGAUAUUUCCUCACUCUUCAUUGAAGACUCAGCUAGAAAGACCCUUGCAAACAUUCUAUGGCGAGAGGAAGGCCUCAGCGUGGGAAACAUGUUCUACGUCUUCUCCGAUGAUGGCAUUAUCGUCCUGCACCCUGUGGACUGUGAGAUCCAGAGGCACCUCAAACCCACGGAGAAGAUCUUCAUGAGCUACGAAGAAAUCUGUCCUCAAAGGGAAGGAGGCGCCACCCAGCCCUGCCAGUGGGCUUCAGCCGUGAACGUCAGGCACCGCUACAUCUACGUGGCCCAGCCAGCGCUGAGCAGAGUCCUCGUGGUAGACGUGCAAGCCCAGAAAGUCCUCCAGUCCAUAGGUGUGGACCCCCUGCCGGCAAAGCUGUCCUACGACAAGUCACACGACCAAGUGUGGGUCCUGAGCUGGGGAGACGUGCACAAGUCCCAACCGAGCCUCCAGGUGAUCACGGAAGCCAGCACCAGCCAGGGCCAGCACCUCAUCCGCACACCCUUUGCAGGAGUGGAUGACUUCUUCAUUCCCCCAACAAAUCUCAUCAUCAACCACAUCAGGUUCGGCUUCAUCUUCAACAAGACUGACCCUGCCAUCCACAAAGUCGACCUGGAGACACUGAUGCUCCUCAAGACCAUCGGGCUGCACAGGCACGGCUGCGUGCCGCAGGCCAUGGCCCACACCCACCUGGGCGGCUACUUCUUCAUCCAGUGCCGACAGGACAGCUCCUCUACGGCAGCCCCGCAGCUGCUGAUCGACAGCGUCACGGACGCCGUGGUUGGCCCCAACGGCAACGUGACAGGCACCCCACACACGUCCCCCGAUGGGCGCUUCGUCGUCAGCGCUGCUGCCACCAGCCCCCAGCUGCACGUGCAGGAGAUCACGCUGCGGGGGGAGAUCCAGACCCUCUAUGACCUGAAAGUAAGCCAGGGCGUCUCCGACGUGGCGUUCCAGGGCUCCUUCACCCAGGGCAACCAGUACUAUGUGUACGCCACGCUGGAGAGCCAGCCGGACCUGCUGUUCCUGGAGCUGUCCACGGGGAAGACGGGCGUGCUGAAGGGCCUGAAGGAGCCACCUGUGGGGCCUGCCCAGCCCUGGGCAGGGCCCCGCAGGAUCGUGAGGGACAGCGGGCUGUUUGGUCAGUACCUCCUCACACCAGCCCGGGAGUCGCUAUUUCUCAUCAGUGGGAGACAAAACGCACUGCGGUGUGAGGUGGCAGGCGUGAAGGGGGGGACCACCGUGGUGUGGGUGGGCGAGGUAUGAAGCAGCCACAGAGCACCUCCCCGUCCUGACACCGAGCCCCGAGCAGGCGCCCUGUACAUUUUCACAGACAAUAGCAAAAACCUGUCUUCGCUUUGUGGUUCAACACUGGUCUCCCUGCAAGUUUGCUAGUAUAAGGUACGCGCUGCUAACAAAAUCGGGGUUUUUCAUUAAGAAGUAUGAUUUCUGCCUUGAGCUACGAUGAGAACAUGCCACCGUGUAAAGGAAUCAUUUCUGCGCCCAGCCACGCACCACGUUACCUGGGCCGCUGGGGAACCAGGAAGGAGCUCCUGCUUCCUAGGCUGACGCUUCUCUCGGUUGCCUUCGCAUAGUCAUUCUCCUUUCCCGCCGGGUCCUGCCAGACUUUACCCUGAUGGAGGGGCCUGAAACCGGGCCUGCAGUCACAGGCUCCCCCCAGGAGCAGGGCUUUCCCUCCUUGCCUGAGGGCCACAGCCGCCCUCUCUCUGGACCUCAUUUUCUCCUCUGCAGCUGCUUCUCGCUUUUCUUUCCAUCUGACUUGUUGUGAGCCUGAGGGAGCACCAACAAGACUUACUGCAUCUUGGGGAAUGGGGAAAUCACUCACUUUAUUUUGGAAAUUUUGAUUAAAAAAUAAUUUUUUAUAGUCUCCAAUGCUAAUAAGCAGAAAGACGCUCUCCGAGGUCCAGCUGUAUUCUUCCCUGCCUUAGGUCACGUCUCUGUGUCACCACCGCACAGCCAGAAAGAAGAUUGAUGGUCAUCAAAAGAUGGAGGUCCUCUGCACCCGGACACCCCCAAGUGCAGAUCAGGCCACAACAUUGGUAAAGACUCCGUUCUGGGUUGGGUCCGCAUGAGACCAAGACCAAUCCCAUGUGCCUGCUUUUACCACUGAAGGGGGACAUUUAUUAGCCAGGCCCAGGAAGCCAGAUUCAGGACAGACCAGCUUGCCUGGCAGGGUGUGGGUGGCCUGCAGAACAGUGCCCUCCAGGCUCAAUGCAGAAACCCCAAGGAUACAAGUGGGGUCCAGGCAGGUUCCUUAGGGUAUAUCUGUUUUAAAACCCAGUUUCCUUUUCGCCUGUCCUGUGGCCCUGCAUCAUCAUGGCACAGAAAGCACAUCUGGGCCCCUCUCUCCCCAGUAACACACACUCCAGAAGUCAGAAUCAGAAGGAUGCGGGCUGGCACGGGUGCAUUAUUCCCAAAUGUCUCAGGCUGUGGCGGACUCCCCAUUGGGCAUCCAAGAAGUACAAUUUAACAACCCUGUGAAGACAGCCUGUGUUGGAGAAUCUCAGCAAGGAGAGGCUCUCUUGGGCUCUCCGAACAUCCCAUUUCUUCUCAGGCACAGCAGUGGCCAAAGCACGCUUACAUGCUUUCCGACUUGUAUAAUCAUUGUUCACGCUGCCAGGAGUGGGAGAAGUGGUCCCAUCACAGCCAUGGUAACAAGUUUAGUUGCCUUCAUUUGCCAACAUGGCCAAAUGUUCCUGUGCGGCUGAGGAAUGGCCCCUCUCAGGGAGAGGAAGACCAGAGACCGUCUCACUGGAAAUACACAUAACUGCUCCUCACUCCCACCUAACUACCCAACCCCCCUCCUGCCCCCGCCCCCAACAGAUUUCCUGAGAUCAGCCAGUCCUCUGGUGUGUCUCAUGUAUCUUGGUCCACCAAACUCUUGUCCCCUACAACUCCCGAGAGUGUGCCUAGAUGUGUAUAUUCAUAUUUUAGGUUUUUUAAGGUAAAACAUGUAAAUACAAGUUGAGGAAACUGACCUCAAAAGCAUAUUUAGUUUCACAAUGACUGAGAUAGGCGGAAAACAAUCUUACCUUUUUUCUUUUCCCCAUUCUUGCCUCAGUCUCUUGACACAUUACUUCCAAACUCCUACUGCUAUCACUGAAACUCUCCAAGUUUCACAAGCUUCUCCAUUUGAAACAAUCUUCUAGAUCGUGGCAGCCCCUGGAAGAAAAUCAAAGUCUCUGAGCCUAGCAGAGGAAGAGCCCACCAGCUGCCGGGCCAGAAUAUCGGCCCCCUGGGUUGCAGGAUUCCUGAGUACAAGACCAGCCCAGCCCCCACUGGCCAUUUAAACUGGGAGUGACUUCAGCAGCACCUGGCUUCUUUUCCACUACUCCUUCCACUUCUGAGUGUGUCUGGAUAGUGUAUCUGCCCCUCGCUGUUUUCUCUGUGCAGUUAUGAAGCUGGAGACGGACCCUUGAGGUCUUGCUGCCAGCAUCUCAGACACAACUAAAUAGGACCAGGGAAUCACAGGCCUGAAAACUGAAAUUUGCAAAUCCACAAAGGUAGGAAGGUAAAUGUUUUUCCAGCAGUGUAACCAACAGAACUGCUUGGGUGGGAGGCAGGAGACUGGCUGGCCAGCACGCUGCCUGCCCCUUCCUCCCACACGUCAGCCCCAGAAGAGGCUCAUGGAACACAGUUUGAAAGCCCCUGGUGCGCAAAGUCAUCAUGACAGCUGGGCCUUGAAGCAAACCCAGCCAGUGAUCCUUCUGAUGAACACAAGUGACCAACCAACUACUAUUAUUUCACAUUAAAGAAAUGUUCCCUUUACCAAAAGAAUAACCCAAAAAGCCACUCACAUAAUGAACUACUCCAAAAUUUCUGAAUUUUCAAAUAAAAUUAGUUUCAAAAAAUUCAACAUAGGUAUUUUUUUUAACUUAAACACACAAGUAAUCUACACCUAUGACAUUAAGGAUUUUAAAAGGAGGCCUUCAUUGUUCUGCCCAAGUGAGCAGGACUCUGCCUGCAUAGACGUGCUGGGUCCAAAAGCCCGCCCAGACACCCACAGAUUGAUGGUAUGAAGAGGGAUUGGUCUGCUUCUAGACAACUGCAUGAACUUUCUACACGAGAAGGCUGGGUUGUAGACCACACACAAUGAGCCAAAUGCUGUCAUCCCAGCCCCAACAACCGUGACCCAGCAAGCCCUGCCUGGGGCUGGCGCAGGCUCCUUUCUUGAGUCUCCAAGGCAUUUGGGGGUCCCAUUGCUUUCUCUCAGCCCCCAGAAGUAGCCAGAAGAGCCCUGUAAAGUCUUAGCUGGGCCCACGCUAAUACCAAGCUUCCGGUCCUUUGACCUAGAGCUCACAUCACUGGAGACAGGAGCUCAGUCCCUGUAAUUCCCACUCCAUCCCGGCCAUCUCCCCUCCUCCCAGCUCCAGGUAGGCACCCAGGACAGCUCUCAAGCCCAAAUAAAGCCAAGAACCACCUGCUACCCUGGGGAAUUGUAACUGCUGAGUCUUCAUGGAGGGCAGCCUGGAGUUGGCUUCGUGAGCCACUUCUUUUCUGUUGACCAAUAACCUGUGAACUAAAGGAGAUUUCAGAACUGAGAUAUGAAACAGAUUAAUGCUGGAUAUAUUUUUCUACGAGGGGCUUAAAAAGUAAUUGAUUCAUUUUUCACAAUGUGUUUCAUUCAUAUGCCAUGGAUGCCAUACCAUCUUCAUUACCAAAUCCCACAACUCACUCCCCUAUCCUCCUCUUCAGAAGCCAGCCUCUUUGAGCAUUCACACUGCUCCAACUCCCUCCUAUGCAUCCACCAAUAUACCUCACAUCUGUCUCCCUGCACCCAGCACCCCCGGAAUGUGGCCCCUGUGCCAGGCCAGACAGGUGACAUAGGAUGACAAUGAUACUGACAAAGUCCUUUGCCAUCCUCCCCUACCCAGGACCCUGGAUACCACUCCAAGUACAGUCAGAACCCACUGGGACUCAGCUCCUUGCUGCCCAGAAUCACACCCCCAAACCCUAGCUCACAGCCCUUUGGAGUUAGGUGAUCAAGACUAAAGAGAAUUCACAACUGUCAGGGAAGUCAGCUAUUAUCAGAAACUAUCAGACAGGAAUACAGACCAUGACAUCUCAGCCAAGCCUCGUCCGUUAGAGGGUCUGAGCUACACCUCCAUCCACUCCCACUCUGUUCUCUGCCCUUCCUGCUCCCUUCCUAUGCCUUGGGCCUCCUGCUCAUGAGCCACUCCUACAAUUCAAGAGGCAACUCACCUGACCGCCACACCAGCCCCCCGUGGCCUUUGCCAUGCUGCUUCCUUACUUUGGGGUACAAGUGAGAAGUCAUUCAUAGGGCCAUAUGCUUCUAUUUGCUCUCAGAAUGGCACAGAGGCAAAGUAGUUCUCUUCAAGAAAGUCACUAGCUGCCUUGGUUUCUCUCCAGAAUAAUAGAGAUCAUAGAACAGAGAGGCUUCAGAGAUUCAAGGAAGAAAUAUAUAGUGCCUGUCCCCAAGGUGUGACUGCAAGACCCCAAAUACCUGGUGGAAUGCCACCCACUCCUGCUUUUGUCUACAUCAGAUUACAGGCCAAGCCACUCGAGUAUUUGAAAAUCUUCUCUGAGCCUUCACAGUUUAGGCACCAGCCACCCAGCAGACACCAGGAGCCCAGCAAGCAUGGUCUCAUGCAUCCUUUGGACCUGUGAACAGCAGUGGGAAUUUAACCAAACACAAUGUGUGAAAUUAUGGAAGAUAUAAGGAGAGUGGGGGUUGACCUGCAAAAUUUCACAGUGAGGCUUCUUUAGCCAGCACGAGAGGAUUGAACAAGUGCUUGUUUUUUUGGACACAACCACCAUUCACACACCCCUCUUUACAACUCACCUUGACUAAUAUGGGGCCAUCCCUUUACCCUGUAGCCCCAGAAAGCAGGCCAUGCACUAGAGAGCUGUAAAAGGCACAGCCUGCACUCCACAGCAUAACUGCUGACCCGCCCCUCCACCCAGCCUGGUGACACACGACUCCCCACCUGUCACCAUGGCAGGAUCGGAUAACGCUGCCCCCCUGGGGAUACCCUCUUCAAGAUCAGAGCUGUGUUUCUGAGGAAGGCCACCAGUACUGGCUGGACAUGGGGCACAGGAGCUCUCGAAUGAGAACAUUUCCUAAAUCUAAACCUUCAUCUACUGCCCAGCAUGACAUCUGCCAUAGCUUUACGGGUUGUGGGUCCCGUGCUACUUCAGCUGCUUCAGAGAGGUGAGGGACAGCGGUCUGCAAGCCCCCGACCCACAGCACACCCUCUGUGGUGCCCCCAGCCCACACCCUGACUUCCCCAUCCCCUGACCUGACCCCUUCACACCCCACCAUUCCCUCCGCCUGCUGCUCAUACUUCUGAAGGCCGUGUGAGGUCAUGCAAAAGCAGGCAAAGCAUGGAGUUUUGCUGCGGUCGUCACACACACUGUGUUCACGCAAUAGUGAACAACCCUCAAGACAUGAAGUCACACACACACACCAUUUGUCCAGAUCUCUGAUAUCGAGGCAGAUUACAUUAUUUUGAGCAGUUGUGUAGACUCCAAAAUAUAUUUUCUGUAAUCACUGGUUUUUCUCAAAAGGCCUCCUGUAAUUACUAUACAUGUGAAUUUUUCCUUAUUUAUAAGAUAUAUAUAAAUUAUUUUUAAUACAUCAACUUUAGUAGAAAUUUGUACCAACACAGUAACUGUAUGUGACAUCAGAAAUAAGUUUGUUUACUUUGACGUAUUGCACAGUAUUGGACACGCCAUGUAUUUGCAGGACCACUUGAUAUGAAGACAAUUCACAGAUUAUCAUAAAGUAUUGUCAUUGUAAAUGCUCUUUUUCUGAGGAUUUUACAAUAAAACUUGAGAAAAGUUA